ACACUUUUCUCACGAUGGAGGACAUACGGUAUGUAAAGAAAAUGAAGGUCAAAACUGCAUUUUCUGUGUAUUUCUUUAUUCAAAUUGUUGUGAAAGAGGAGCAGAGGGAAUAUUAUGUUUUGAAACCCCCCAAAACACCAUAAUCAUAAUUAAAAGAACACCAGGAAGAUGAUCUGAGCAGUACUGUCUAAUAGAAACCAAUCUAUUGUUUUCUUGCUAAUUUAUUUCUUUGACCUCAUGAAACACAUUUAAAAUGUUGGAACAGAAAAAAAGUGAAUUUGGUCAACAACAUAUAUACUACAGUCAUCAUUAAAAUGUAAUGUCAUCAUCAAUGCCCUUUUCUCUUUCAAACAUCACUGUCAGUCGGGGUCUGGAAAUAUGAUAAAAAGCUCUGUAAAAUACAUCACAUUCCUUUAAUUAGUUAGUUAUAAAAUCUAACAUUUGUGCUGUCUAAUUUAUUGUUUUUGCUCAUUUCUGGAAAGUUUCUCCAACUCUUAUUUUGAAGAUGCGCUUUACCGCUUCCGGUUUCUCCUGGAUUGUCCUGUAACUUUGAUGGAAGCCUGGAAACCCCACCCUGAAAAUGUGUGGCGUUAUGUCCGGACAUCUCUCGGUCUCAAGGCGCCAGAUCAGGCGCUGCUCUUUGUUGCCAGGAGGACCUGAGGAAAGACCAAACCAACGGGACGGCGAUGAGCAGAAGUGACAAGAAAGGAGUGAGGGUGACGGGGAGGUGUGGGCCUUCAGUGGACUGGAGCCACACAGGAGGUCCAUCCAUCGUCCAUGCUCCCAUCUGCUCCCAGAUCCCUCCACACCCUCCCACAGUCGUCGCCAUUGGACCUCAAAGAUCUCCAGAACAAGUCGACCCAAAGCUGGAUGGAGAGGACUGGACGAGGGACGCGCCGACUCAGACCAGGACGCCGUUUGGUGAAGCGGGUCUUCCUCAGCAGACCGUAGAGGAGCUGAAGUCCGUCUUGAGGGUCGGCAUCAGGGGAGGAGACGACGGGAAACCAGGAGGUCCCUACAAGUACUGGAGCAGCGCUGGUGGAGGUCCGGGUGGUGGUCAGGACGAUGGAAGCUCUCACAGAGCUUUCAGUACCUUCAAACCUCAAAGUGAUGCUUCCAGAAGAGGGGCCAGGUCCAGAGGCAGCACAUCUAUUCAGCUGCCUUCCACCGUGGAUUCAUCCAGCUCGUUCAGGUCCAGCGCCGACACAAAUAGGCAGCCGGGAGGCCGGACCCUCGCACAUUCAAGCAGCAGCUCCUGGGGAGGAGACACUGAAGGUUCUCACUCAGAAAACGACAUCAAGAGCGUGGAGUUCACUGGAAACCAGUGGUUCAUGGCGUCCAUGGAGCAGAUCAAGCAGCAGAUCGCGCGAGAAAACAUCACCUUCGUUCGCUUCGAGGCCACGGACCUCCACGGCGUGUCCAGGUCCAAGACGGUGCCUGUCCGCUACUUCCACGAGAAAGCGGUUUAUGGCGUCCCCAUGCCGAGGAGCUACCUGGAGCUGACGCUGAGCCCCAAAAGCAAUGAGGUGGACCAUGCUAGCACCGCCAACUUCAGCAGUGACGUCCUCCUGAUUCCUGACCUGUCCACCUUCAAGCUCCUGCCCUGGGCCGAGCAGACCGCGCGGGUCAUCUGCGACCCGUGCACCGUGACGGGAAAUCCCCUGCGGACUUCUCCUCGCCUUAUCGCCAAGCAGCUCCUCGGCCAGCUCCAGAGCCUGGGAUUCUCGCUGCACUCGUCCUUCACGUAUGAAUGCUGCGUCCUGGGAGCGCCGGAGCGGCUCGGACCCAAGACGCUCCUCUUCCCCGCCACCACCCUGCUCAGCAACCACGACCUGCCCUUCUUCCAGCAGCUGGUGGACAGCAUGUACUGCAUGGGUGCCGACAUUGACAGCAUCGCGUCCGCCAGCGGCCCCGGCCAGAUGGAGAUCAACCUGCGGCCGGAGUUCGGGAUUUCUGCCGCCGACAGCGCCUUCACCUUCCGCACGGGCAUCAAGGAAAUGGCUCGCAAACACAGCUACAUAGCCAGCUUCUUCACCGACGACGGCCUCUACAACGCCGGCGUGCUCUCCCACAGCCUGUGGGAUGCCAACGGGCGGCGAAGCCUCUUCCACAGCGGCGAGAAGCCCGGCGAGCUGUCUGAAAUCGGUAAAAAAUGGCUGGCGGGGCUGCUGACCCACUCGGCCGCCCUCAGCUGCCUGAUGUCGCCGGGCCUCGGCUGCAGGAGCCACAUGGCCAAGACCAUCAAAGACCCCAAGCGCCUGCUGUACGCCACCUGCGGCUGCAACGACAACAGCAGCUCCUUCAACAUCAAGAGCCACGGCGGGAGGGAGACGCACGUCGACAACAAGCUCGGCUCCGCCAUGGCCAACCCUUACAUCGUGCUGGCCGCCACGGUGGCCGCCGGACUGGACGGAAUCAGGAGGAACCUGAGCGUGGAGGGCUCCCUGAACAAAGCUCCCGGCCAGCAGAAGGACUUCUCCAUCCCCAUAAAGCUGGACGACGCUCUGGAGGCGCUGGGGGACGACCACGUCAUCCGCAGCGUGCUGGGAGAACCCUUCGUCCAGUAUUUCAUCGCCAUGAAGAAGUUCGAGAUCGAGACCCAGGAGCUGGACGACGAGAGGAACAAGUGUCUGGAGUAUUUCAUCUGACAGAAGCCGCUUCUCUGAGGCCAGAUCAGUUCACAGAGUUUCUCAGAGCUUUGACAAUAAAGAAUAAA